AUGGAUAUUGCUUUGGACCACCAGGGUGGGAGGUUGGACGCCGCGGGGAACUGCUAUGACCUCACCUGGGCAGAUGGAGGAGGGGCUGCACUACGAGCAGUCAUUAUUGGCCCGCUGCAUGGACCCAGGUACAGCAUCGACUGCAGUGAGGAGGAUGAUGCAUUCCCAAGGACCGGUUUUGCGGUGCUUCGAAGACACGGUUCUCUCCCCCCGCAAACAAAACCGGAUCCAUGGCUGGUGGAAGGAUCUGCAAAGUCUCCUCCACGUUCGCAUUCGUAUUCAAAUUUCAAGGACCAAGAGCUAAGCGCUGGUGCGCCUCGUUUCUUCCUCUUUUUGGAAUGGUCCCUCACGUUAUGCCACACAUGCAAAGGCACUCGUUAA